UAUUUGAAAAGAGUUUAAUAGACCAUAAAUAUGUACGUAAAAAUGAUUUUACUGAUUACAUUCAGCCCAUAUGUCACAGAGAGAACACAGAUUUAAUUGACUUGCAUUAUAUAAGUAAAAGAUUUAUCAGCAAUAUGUUUUGGCAACUUAUACUGCUUGCUUUCUUUGCAAGUGUUCGGGCAACUGAAGAAGAGCAAGCAGACGGAAACGGAACACCAUAUGAAGACGUGUGCGUCGGACUGAUUGAAUCAAUAAGGUUUCAAUAUGAGUUUAUAGAAGGGACCGGCAGGAAAGAUAUUAUAUGGAUAAAAUUGGAUUCAGAAAUGCAAGAGAACUAUACUAAUAAGCAAGAUUUUGCGUACGCACUAAAUGAAGCAUUCCUGAGAAAGGCCCGAGUACGUUUGCUGACCAAAACAUGUCGUACUGGUGAUUUUGGAUUUGGACAAUUUGAAAUAUUGGACAUAGGACAGCAGAAAUAAAAAUAUUUAUUUAAAUUUAAAAACAGCCGUUUCGCAAUCGGUUUUUAUGGUCAUUUGUAACAAUAUUCCGUUAAUUGUAAUUCGAUUUAUAUUGUUUAGAGAAGAAUUCUGAAUGAAUAAAUGUAUACACAAUUAAUAA